AUGGAUAUUGCAACGGGAAAGAGGAAACCGCGGCGGUCUUGCUCAGGACAAAGAUCGAAGCCAGUUGAGCCUUGCAGAGGGCAAGCCGCACCCAAGGAGGUGCGCCAGGCAAACUUUCGACGACAGCCGAGCAUUGCAACAUGCGAUCGCAUCGACCGAGCAUUGGAACAGCGACUUUACUUGCUCAAGUUGGAACGGCCUCAUGCUGGAGGAGCAGGGGGCAUUUUCCACGUGCUGGGCAGCACCGGCAACGUCUACACCGUGCACAUCGGGACGAAACCCAGCUGUGAUUGCCCAGAUUUCUUGAAAGGUCGUGGGCCAUGCAAGCACAUCCUGUUCAUCUGGCUUCGUGUGCUACGGCUUGAAGAGGACGACUACAGAAUUUGGCAAAGUGCCCUCUUGACUUCGGAACUGAAGUCUGCAGUUGAGCCACUAUUCAAGAGACGAGCCAAGUGGGCUUUGCCACUGGCAGAGAAGGAAGUGCAGGAUGCUUUCAGAAAAGCGACGCGAGGGGACGACGCUGCUUGUGGUCAGAAUGAGCGGCGAUCGUGCAGAUGGCAGUGCAGCUUCAAUUGGCAUGACGGCCAUGUUCAGUUUCCUGCUAGUCGGGCUUACGCACAGGAGUAUUCACCGCAGUUCGCAUUGCGCUCGUAUGUUUUCGUCGAGCUCUAUGCGCUUCCCAUCCGCCUCGCCAAAGUGUUGGGCUUCAACAAGGUUCAAGCCUUCUAUUGCCUUCGAGGGUCCUGUGGACUUGCGAGCGCUUUUUGCGAAGCCAGCUUCUGCGAUGCAGUUCAAUGCUCCUGCGGCACCAGGGUGGCAAUCCUCACCUUGUGCUUUCUGGCUGGGGCAAGCGGAAUGUUCCACUCCUCUGUUGCCGUGUUGCCCUCUACCACGUGCAUGUAUGCUGUACUCCUCGGUUUUGCAGCAUGGAUGCGCCGGCGCUACGCAGUGGGACUUGGAUGUGGGUCCUUUGCGGUCCUUCUAGGGAUGGCCGUAGCCGCACCGAUGUUUGUGCCGAUGGGUCUAGCCGCACUUGCUCCACAGAAUUUGGGCUUCCUCCGCGUCCUCGGCAUCGCCAUGCUGGCACUCCUGGUCUUCGCGGUGGUUCCUUCACUCGUGGACUGGCGAUACUAUGGCUCGCGCUUGCCUGUUUGGACGAUGGGCAACCAUUUGCUGUACAACUUCGGAGUUGGUGGCGGAGGUGCAGGCGCAGAUCUCUAUGGAACGGAGCCAUGGACUUUCUACGCGAAGAACCUUUUGCUGAACUUUAACCUGGUCGCGCUGUUGGCAGUGCCUGCGAUUCUAUGUUCGCUCCGACAGCGCCAGCUGACACUCCUGCUGAUUCCGAUGUAUGUGACUUUGGCGAUGUUCACGAAGAUGGCGCACAAAGAGGAACGCUUUCUCACAAUGGUAUAUCCCUUGAUUUGCCUGUCCGCAGCCACUACGUUGGAUACGGUGGUUUCCGGUGCCGAAAAACUAGUGGGUUUAUGCCUUCGAGAGUCAGAUUCAGCUCUGAAGAGGCCGACAUGGAGAGCCAGCAAGGUGGUGUCAACAUCCUUGGCUGCAGCCGUUGUCGUGGUGUUUGCCACCAUAUCUUGUUCAAGAAGUGCUGCCCUACACUUCCAUUUCAGAGCGCCGCUGCAACUCUAUGAGAAGAUUUACUACCAGGGUGCUGCUGGUCCGUCUUCAAGCGUUAGAAGUGGCGUCUGCGUGGGCAAGGAGUGGUACCGCUUUCCUUCCAGCUUCUUCCUGCCCAGCACCGAGGCCGGACCGCUUCCGCUUCUCUGGGUGAACUCUUCAUUCGACGGGCAGCUACCGAGGCCCUUCGCGCCGUGGCCUGAGGGCCUUUGGAAGGUGCCCCCGGACAUGAACGAUCGGAACUUGAGGGAGCCUUCGCGCUACCACCAUGAAGACGAAUGCAGUCUUCUGGUCGAUCUGGUCUUGCCGCAUCAAGUAGAGGAGCCGCCGGAUCCGGCAUCGUGGGAGGAGAUGCACUGCGAACCUUUUCUCGAUUCCGACCGCUCCCCCUUGCCAUGGAGGGCCUUCUACGUCCCUUUCGGUGUUUCCGACAAGCGGAAUCAUUUCGUGCGAUACUGCAUCUGGCGCCGACGCACCUGA